CGCAGAAACUAACCACAGAUAACCUCUGCGAUCUGUAAAACUAACCACACUUAAUUUUCAGUGCCAGUUCCAUUAAAACCUUAAAAAUGGGCACUUCUAAUAAAAUAUUUAAUAUUUGCAAGCUAUUCCGCAGCUUAUCCGUAUCAAGCACCAGCAAAAUAAUACCCAUAGAUCCAUCUGCAAUGUUUGCCAGGCCUAUUUCCACAUCCAGUCCUCGUAGGGACCUAAUGGAAUUUUUCGAUGACAAAAAGAAUUGGGGUGAACAUGAAGUUAAAUGUGGUAGGUCGUGGAAAGUUGAGGAAAUGAGAUUGAAAUCAAACACCGAUUUACAUAAGCUUUGGUAUGUACUUUUAAAGGAAAGAAACAUGUUAUUGACGAUGGAACAAGAGGCAGCGGAGCAGAUAAAGCUCUUCCCAAACCCGGAGCGAUUAGACAAAGUGGAGGAAUCCAUGGAAAACCUUGAAACAGUGGUAAGAGAGAGAAACAAAGCGUAUCACGAGUUGGAGACCGGUGAAACUGGAGAGCGACCAGGAAAACUUGAGACAAAUCCUCUAGGACUUAAAAGUUAUCGCAAACUGCGUGAAUACUUCCUGCCAAAACAUAUGAAUAAACACUGGCUAGAAAAUGCUAAGACGUUAGAAAACUACACCGAAGUGAACCAGUUUCUUCUUAAGUACAGAGAGAAGAUAUAUCUGGCCAAAAGGCGAGAAAGAGUACGAAACUUCAAUCAUGUUAUUGGGCUUUUAAAUCGGUUCCCGAAUAUGGACAUGGAAGCGUUGAAGGAGAAAUAUCCAGAUGUUGAUAUAGAAAAAGCUAAACGUAGUCGUAAAUAUGGUGGACACUUUGCCCCUAAGUAAUAAAUUGUUUUUUGAUCUAGA